CAACCAUACUGUACAUCCAUUAAGUAGCGCUAUAGCCUACAGUUAACCAGUAUAGUCAUCUUCUCAACUGUUAUCUUUUACGUAUACAUUUAUGUUGUGGGCCUUUUUCUGACAAGUCGGAGCAUUGCAAUUCCAGAAUUAUAGCGACCAUAGGCUUCAGCUUGUGAUCAGGGUUAUGAUAAGUGCGGGACGCCCAUUCAACUUUGACCAGUCGGACAGAACGGACGUACAAUUACCUUUCAUGGCGUGUUUAUAAUGAGGACCGUCCCGUCCUGCAGUUUCUUUGUCUUAAUUUUAAAUACUUUUAUUUGGCGUACUAAAAUCACCGUAUAAUCUAGGUUAUAUUACGCACAGUCAUGAACUCUGAAAAACCUAAUUUUCUAUCACAACCUGUCGUGAAAAACAUUUUUGUGUACAGAAACGGGGACCCUUAUUACGAAGCACGUCGUGUGGUGGUAAACGAGAAGAGGGUGGCCAAUUUUGAGACUUUUCUCAGGGAAGUCACUGGUGGUGUGCAGGCUCCUUUCGGGGCUGUUCGGAAUAUCUACACUCCAAAAGCAGGACACCGGGUGGACUCGUUGGAUCACCUGCAGAGCGGAGAGCAAUAUGUCGCUGCCGGCAAAGAAAAAUUCAAGAAACUGGAUUACCAGCAGAUCGGCCCCAGAAAGAGACGCAUGCUGCAGACUGUGGUGGGACAGCUCAAACCGGUCCCCCAGAGUCGAAUCAUAGUGUCAGCAAGGUUCCUGAAACCCAUCAAAGAACCAUGUACAAUUUUUGUGGUGGCGAACGGCGACGUGCUGAACCCGGCGGUGAGGCUCCUGAUUCCCCAGAGGGUGCAGGGCCAGUACGAGAGGGUCCUGGAGAUGAUCACCGAGAAGAUGGGAUACAGGCUCCUGGGUGGGGUACGAAGCCUGUAUACAUUUGACGGCGCUCUAGUCAGUGACGGUAAGGAUCUGGAGAACGGACAGUUCUAUGUCGCUGUCGGACGAGAGAAGUUUAAACGACUGCCUUACAGCGACCUGCUCUUCACUAAGCCACGAGGAAUGAGGAGGAUUCUAGGGUCCAAAGCCGCUUCCCUGCCACCCAUUUACAGGUUUUCAAAGCAGAAUGGAACAAGCAAGUCCAUGGCUGCGUGCAGUGACGCCGGCGACUCCAAGACCUCCCCCCCGGGGAACAAAGAACACCUGUCGUCCAUCGUCAGGGAGAUCUCCCAGGCACGUCUCAUCUCCCUGCGUAAGAAGAGGAGCGGACUGAGCAUGUCUCUGGGCGCCCAGGACAACGAUGAGGCAGACCAGAGGCUUGAGGAGGGGGACGUGGAGCCAGGCAGCAAGACUCCACAAGACCCGCCAGCUGAGGAGCGGCCAGCUGAGAGCAGCAUAGAGGAGGGUCCUUCAGAGGAGACUGCAGAGCAGGAAGUAGAUGCUGCUGGUGGUGAGAACACCACAGAAGAAGCCUCGGAGGCAGGAGAAAAAGUCCCGGAUGCAGGGGAAAAAGUCCCGGAUGCAGGGGAGAAAGUCCCGGAUGCAGGGGAGAAAGUCCCGGAUGCAGGGGAGAAAGUCCCGGAUGCAGGGGAGAAAGUCCCGGAUGCAGGGGAGAAAGUCCCGGAUGCAGGGGAGAAAGUCCCGGAUGAAGAUGAGAAAGUCCCUGAUGCAGGGGAGAAAGUCCAGGAUGCAGGGGAGAAAAAGAGCCAGGACGAGGGACGUGACGAAGCUCCGGAGGAGCAGGAGAAAGCUGGGCCUGGGGAAACUACAGGUGGAGGGCAGGAGGAGGAGAAUGAAGCCGAUCCCACUGACCCCGGGGCUGAAGAGGAGGCCCCUCCCGCGACAGAUGGAGACGAGGAGAACAAGAACAAAGAGGAAGAGCAAGAAGGCGCUCACCCUGCAGGGACAAAGGACGAGAAGGAAGAGAAGGAAGAGAAAGAGGAGAAGGAGGAGAAGGCCACAGAAGAAGGGGCCGGAGGAGAGACGGAGGAGAACGGAGAACAAGAAGGGAGCGAGGGAGAGGGAGAAGACCACGCUGCUAGUGCUAAAGAUGCCAAAACCGACGAGUCCGGGGAGCAGAAGGAGGCAGAAGAGGGGAAUGGAGAAAGAGAAAAGGAGAAGGCAGCAAACGGAGAGGAGGAGGGUAAGGAGGAAGAAACAGGCUCCAAUGGGAGGAAUGAGGAGGAGAAGAGCUGAUGGCAAUUGUCAGUCAUUCCACAAGAGGUGUGGUGGGAAACUGAUCAAGAAGAAAGCAAAUAGACGCACACAUAUAUUCAUAGUCACAGAUAUGACAAAUGCAUUAAAUAAUAUAUAUGAUAUAUUUGAUAGUAGACGGUAUUAUAAUGAGUUCAGCGUUUUAUUAGGGUUCAUAGCUACACCCAAUUUCCCCACCAAUCAUUAGGUAGGGGAGCAUAGCCUUACAUACAUGAUUUAUUGCUAAGCUGUUAGUAAGUCCUGUUUGGGACAUAUUGUGAGUUUAGAAUGGAAAUGUUACUGAAUGAACAACAUGGAGGAUAGAGAACGAGGCAGAACUCCAUUUGAUAAACACUGAUUUCUAUUUCUGCAUGUAAGAACUGAGAAUGAUUUAAAAACGGAAUGUACCUCGACUGAACGACAGAUGUAGGUUUGUGUGUAUUGUAGUUACACUAGCUCAUACAUUUCUCUAUCUCCAGUAUGUUUUCAAACGGGUAUGUUGACGCUAUAUCGUUUAAUGUUUUCAAAAUGACCUUUUUGGUAGUUAUGUCAUUGAGCCUAAGAUGUUGAGUGUUAUAUGAUGGGUCAGUAUACAUGAUGAUCUCUGUAUGUACUGUAGGAAAACGGUAAGGGGAAUAAGCUAUGUUGUGUAACUGCUGUAUCUGACUGAAUGUAGUUGUACAAUGCAUGAGGAGAUGGACUUCCUAUUUCUGCUAAACUAACCUGUCCCACAACAUGGUGCUUCAGGUGCAUGACUGCAUGUGCUAUCAGGAUGUUCUUGUAAAAGGUUACAAAAUAAAAUCGAGUUGA